GUUUGUUGUUCUCCCCCGUCUCCCAAAGCGGGAAAGGCAAAAGCCCUACUGAGUAUUUCUCAGGCGGGAGUGUUGCAGAAAAAGAGGAUCAAUGGCGCCACUAGUGCAAAGCUCUCAACCAUGGGUCGAAAAAUAUCGGCCGAAGCAAGUGAAAGAUGUGGCUCAGCAGGACGAGGUGGUUCGGGUCCUCACCAACACCCUCGAGACCUCAAAUUGUCCGCACAUGCUCUUCUACGGUCCACCGGGCACCGGAAAAACCACCACUGCUCUCGCCAUUGCCCACCAGCUUUUCGGACCUGAACUCUACAAGUCUAGAGUGUUGGAGCUCAAUGCAAGUGAUGAUCGUGGGAUCAAUGUUGUCCGGACAAAGAUCAAAGAUUUUGCUGCUGUGGCUGUGGGUUCUGCUCAACGUCAAGGGGGUUACCCUUGUCCACCAUUUAAGAUCAUUAUCCUAGAUGAGGCGGAUUCAAUGACAGAAGAUGCUCAGAAUGCUCUAAGACGUACAAUGGAAACCUACUCCAAAGUCACAAGAUUCUUUUUUAUAUGUAAUUAUAUCAGCAGGAUCAUAGAGCCACUUGCUUCAAGAUGUGCAAAGUUUAGGUUUAAGCCACUUUCAGAAGAAAUCAUGAUCAGCCGCGUAUUGCAUAUUUGCCAAGAAGAAGGCCUCAACCUAGAUCCAGAGGUUCUGUCAACACUAAGUUCUAUCUCACAAGGUGAUCUUCGUCGGGCUAUUACAUACUUGCAGUCAGCUGCGCGCUUAUUUGGAUCUUCCAUUUCUAAGAAGGAGCUGAUUAGUGUCUCUGGGGUAAUCCCGGAGGAGGUUGUCGAGUCAUUUUUUGCUGCCUGCAGCGGUGAUAACUUUGAUUUGGCAAACAAGGAAGUCAACAAUGUAAUCGCAGAGGGAUAUCCAGUCUCUCAGAUGCUUUCACAGUUAUUUGAGGUGGUGGUUGAAUCAGAUGACAUAUCAGAUGAACAGAAGGCUAGAAUAUGCAAAAAAAUGGGUGAAGCAGAUAAGCGUCUCGUUGACGGUGCUGACGAGUACUUGCAGCUGCUUGAUGUUGCCAGCAGUGUAAUGCGAGCUAUGUGUAACAUGCCCGAAGAUUUCUCUUAGGAAUGUUAGGUGGUUUCAGGUAAAUUUGUGAACCGGGAUGCAGACCCGUACGCUGCUAGAUCUUGCAGAGACAAAGUUUCUUAAAUUCCGAAGAAAAAAAAUACUUAUUUUGUGAAAUAUACCAACCACUUAUUAGCUAUUUUGUUUUCAACACACCAGAGCUUUAGCUAAUUGGAAUUAGCAGAGCAUUACGUGGAAAACAUGAUAAGGGGUUAUUGUAGAGGAUUAUGAUUUCUGAAAGCAA